CACAUUGCAAGAGCCCAACGUGACGCACAGGGAGCCGGGACACACAUACGCACACACAGCUAUCAAAUGGAUUACCCCCCCGACACAGGCCUUUGAACUGCAACACAGCAAGAACAAUACAGGCAGCAGAUGAGGAGCUGCACAAACCCUUCAGAACUUCUUUGACACUUUUUUGAGGAGAAAAGUAGCUUUGAUUAAGACUCAUUAUUUGUUUUGGUUUUGAGUCUUGCCUGAUUCAUUCAGAUUCACUGAGCAGAGGGACUUGGACUGACAGCUGAUGAUGGGAAUAUUUUUUUUGGGUUAACAUUCGACAGAUCCCGUCUCUCUGCUGUGCCACUGGAGUGGAUCGGACGAAUGGAAAGCAUCAGUGUGGAAACAGACUGGGAUGGGUUAGCUCUCUCCUCUCUGGUCACCACGGGAAGGAGCAACCUCUCCCCCUUGCCCCUGCUCGUCUCCGAGCUGAACUCGGUCAACGCCUCUCACAGCGGGGGGUCCUUCUUUGGGAUAUUCCCUGAGAAUGGCUCCAACACCACACCUCACACCCUGCCCCAGCCCAGGGCCAGGGACCCCGGCCUGGCCAGGGCAGAGAUCGCGGUGCUCGGGGUGGUGCUGGCUUUCGCCACCCUGGGGAACAGCUUUGUGCUGUGGGUGCUGCUGAGGAGGAGGAAGCAUAAUGCACCCAUGCACGUGUUCAUGGUCAAUCUGUGUGUGGCUGACCUGGUGGUGGCGCUCUUUCAGGUUCUUCCUCAGCUGAUAUGGGACAUCACAGAGAGGUUUCAGGGACCGGACCUGCUUUGCCGGGCUAUCAAGUACUUGCAGAUUGUGGGCAUGUUUGCUUCCUCUUAUAUGAUAGUUGCCAUGACAGUAGACCGGCAUUAUGCCAUCUGCUGUCCGUUGCAGGCCUACCGAGGGGGAGCAAUGUCCCGCUGGAACACCCCUGUCAUGGUGGCCUGGGCUCUGGCACUUGUCCUCAGCAUACCACAGGUGUUCAUCUUCUCUCGCUUGGAAGUGGCACCGGGAGACUUUGAGUGCUGGGGUCAGUUCACUGAGCCGUGGGGGCUGAAGGCCUACGUCACCUGGAUGGCUGUGGCUGUCUUCCUCCUGCCCGCCCUCAUCAUUACCAUCUGUCAGAUAAGGAUCUUUAGAGAGAUUCACAACAACAUCUACCUGAAGUCAGAGAGGAUGGUGAUGGCUGAGAUGAAGAAAAGCAAAAUCCUCUUCCGCUUCCACAGCUUCAAGAAGGGAGAUGAGCGGGCGAAAGAGAGAGGAAGACGGGCGUCCGGAGUUGGGGGCAGGGACGGGCGAGGGCCGCAGCCCUUGAAGGGUGUGAAUAACAGCCCUCACAAUAACAUGCAAAACAGCCAAGCGGGAGAGUGUUACGAUUAUGCACCGUCCGCCAUCCAGUACAACACUUCUUGUGGUGAACACACGACAACAGCAACAUCACCAACACAGCAGCAGCAAACAGUAAACAACUCAGACUGUCAGGACUCCUACACGUCCUACAUGCUGGUGUCAGGAUCACCCCGCUGCUCCCUUGACUACGUCCCCCCUCCCCCACCAGUCACUCCACCUCCGAGCAUCACUAAAGCCAUGUCCAAGACCGUGAGGAUGACUCUGGUCAUUGUGCUGGUCUACACUAUCUGCUGGUCGCCUUUCUUCAUCGUCCAGCUGUGGGCAGCCUGGGACCCCAACCCUCCUGACCAAGGUGUGGCCUUCACCCUCCUGAUGCUGCUGGCCAAUCUGAACUCAUGCACAAACCCAUGGAUCUACACAGCCUUCUCCAGCAGCGUGUCCCGAGAGCUGCAGAACCUGCUGCACUGCUGGUCGCGACCCGGCCGCCGGGGCUCGCUUCCGGACGACUCCACCACAACACACACCUCCACCAAGGACAGCCUGUACUGACAGAGGCUGAAGAGACAGCAACAUGUCAUAUUUGAAAAGACACGCAUGGGCGCACAUGUGCUCGUAACAAGGACACCACCAACACCACCUCCAGCAUCGCAGCCCUGACAGCACAGAGCGCUGACCUCCACCAGAUGUUUCCAGCAACAAAGGACAGCUGUACUGUCAACAGGAUCUCUGCCUUAAAUCACCUGUCCUCUCCCCCCCAGCAGUAAAGAAGGGUGUCAUUGAAGAUGUCAACACCAUUUAUGACGGCACUGUGGAACAUACAGCGGAAGUCACCAUCAGAAGGCAUCUGCAGUACAAAAUGCCCUUGACAGUAAAGACAUGUUCAACUCUAGCUGCUUAGUGUAGAGGCCAGUGCAUUGAAUUACACCCUCGCCCUGUUCAGACAGAGCAGAGCAGCAGGAAUGCAGAGGGUGGAUAGCUGCAUUAAUGGCCUUACGGCACGCCUAAUGUACAAAGACGAAGACAAAGCUGUGGGUGUAGAGAAAACAAAUCAAUGGGCUGAAGGAAAAGAGAGAGAGAGACACAGACAGAGGGGAAGACUGCUGUUGGACUGAGAACAGACAGGGGGAUGACACGGAUGUUUCAGAUGCAGGAGUGGUCCUGAGAAAGCUGUGGUCGAAAUCUAAUAAUGUGAACAAACUUUGUUAAAUCAAAGAAAGUGGAUUAGAGAUGGAUGCUUGAGGCUGAAUUCAUAUUCGCUCAGGAGGAAUCAGGUUCCGAAGAACAAUAGUGAUUUAUGAGAGAGACGGACAGAGAUUCACUCGUGAGACCCCCCCCCCCCCCCCUCCCCCAUGAG